GCAGCCGUCCUUUGUGUGGCCGGGCGGGUUGGGGGCCGGGAGCAAAGCGCGGCGCCGAGCGGAGAGUGUAGUCGCCUCUGUCUAGCCCAGCGCUGCCAUGGCGGCCUGCGAGCGGGGAUUUUCCAGUGAGGAGUUGUUGUCGCUGCGCUUCCCGCUGCACCGGGCUUGCAGAGACGGCGACAUUGCGGCUCUGCGCUCGUUGCUUGCCGCCUCGGCGCCCGCCGACGUCGGCCUAGAGGACAACUUCUACGGCUGGACCCCGCUGCACUGGGCCGCGCACUUCGGCAAGCUGGAGUGUGUAAUGCAGUUGGUGCAGGCAGGAGUUGGAGUCAACAUCACAACAACACGAUUUGCUCAAACUCCAGCCCACAUUGCAGCUUUUGGAGGGCAUCCUCAAGGCUUGUUGUGGCUGAUCCAAGCAGGAGCAGAUUAUAAUAUGCAGGAUGUUGUGGGUGAAACCCCUGUCCACAAAGCAGCGCGAUCGGGAAGUUUGGAUUGCCUUAAUGUCCUUGUCACGCAUGGGGCUACAACAGAUUUAAGGAAUGCCAAUGGGUUGACAGCAGCUCAGCUCGCCCUGGCUCAGGGGUUCGGUGAAUGCUCCCAGUUCCUGUGCAGUGUGCAGAACCAUCAGCUGAAUGGUUUCUACACCAAUGGCAUCGCCAGCGGUCUGUACCGGGAUAACCUGAUCACAGACGGACUAAACGGCUACACAGGAACUAACCGCAAGAGAAGCUACGAAGAAUCUGACCGCAAUGGAUUUAAGAAACCUAGAACUGAAGGUCUGUUUCUCAGCACCAGUGCAGGAGGCUUCAGUUUCCUGGACAAGCCGGUGACCAACCAAGCCUCUGCCAAUGGGUUUGCCCACAGUAUCAGCUUCGCCUCCCACCAAGUGAACGGAGGGAGCGGCGGCUUGCACGGAAUGGCCGCAGAAUUGACCGGCGGUUUUUGCAACGGGCCUGCCUCACCCCCCCGCGGCGGAAGCACAUUUCAGGGCCAGGGGGUGGUGGUGGUGGGCUCGGGGCUCUCCCCGCCGUCAUCCGAAAUGUGCGGUGCCCUCCACCAGAACGGCAGCCCCAGCAACUAUGUGGCCGCCAAACCGCCCACAGAAGGGCUCCACGGCGAACACGACCCACUCCACUACGGCCACUACCACGGCUUUGGAGACACGGCCGAGAGUAUUCCCGACAACAGUUACAUGGAGCAUUCCAGCUCGGUCAAGGUGGAGCAGAGUUACAACAAUGCGGUCUGUAGCGCAGUCCACCUCUUCCACGGUUCAUAGGGUGGAUUGCUGAGGAGCUAGUCACGGGUGGCGGGUUGAUGCUUGAUGGCGUCUCUAUAGUUGGUCACACUGAUUGUUUCCCUUACAGGAGUAAAUACAAUGCUUGAACAUUGGAGAUACAUUUCAACUUAAAAUGGUAUUGUCAUGUUUCUCUGAAAUUCAGGUCGGGAUCCACAUCCCCUGGGAGCGUGGUUGGUUGUGGUGACCAUUCCCUCAGUUGAUGGAGAAUUAUUUUUGGCCAAGUUUGUUAUCGCAAUGGCUCAAUAAAAUUGGCUCAUAGAAACAUAGAAAAUAGGUGCAGGGGGAGGCCAGUCAGCCCUUCUAGCCAGCACCGCCAUUCAUUGUGAUCAUGGCUGAUCGUCCCCUAUCAAUAACCCGUGCCUGCCUUCUCCCCAUAUCCCUUGACUCCACUAGCCCCUAGAGCUCUAUCUAACUCUCUUAAAUCCAUCCAGUGAUUUGGCCUCUACUGCCCUCUGUGGCAGGGAAUUCCACAAAUUCACAACUCUCUGGGUGAAAACGUUUUUUUCUCACCUCAGUCUUAAAUGACCUCCCCUUUAUUCUGAGACUGUGGCCCCUGGUUCUGGACUCGACCAACAUUGGGAACAUUUUUCCUGAAUCUAGCUUGUCCAGUCCUUUUAUAGUCAAUAAAACUGGGAGGCAAUUUUUGUAAAAACCAGAAAUAUCACUUUUGUUUACUUUUGUUCUAAUGAUUAAACGCCAGGGAUGGAGCUUGUAACUGGAGCUGGUGAAGGCCCUGGCUCUGUAAAUUCUUCCCACAUGAAUGGAACUUUUUUACCUUUAAUUAGUGAUAAAAUGAUCACUCUUUAUAAUUUGUGUUUUUGAUAAACUAUUUUACAGUGGUUGUCCGUUGUUGAAAAACCCCGUGGUGUGGAUAUGUCAGUCCAGCAAUCAGCUAUUUAUGAUCUGGGUUAACUCAAGGCCACAUGGCCUGAUCCCACAAGUGAUGAUCAUGGAAAGUGCUCAGUGAAUCUGGUGAUCUGGCAAACUGAGAGAUGGCAAAAUCCCAACUGCUCCGAUGUUUGUUGUGGAGGAAACCGUUCCCUCUACCAGCCUACCACUUUGUGACCAGCCCACACAAAUAAAUAUCCAUUCAUAAAAUACAUAAAUGUUGAGAGUGAUGAUCUGACCUAUGUUUCAGUCUAGACAUUACCAUUUUAUUGGCAGGUUGGUACAACCAUAUAACCAUAGAACAUUGAUGUGUGUGUGUUAACGAUUGAUGGUUACAUGUUUAAUGUGAUGAAAGAUGUUACAAUUGUAUACUUACAGCCAUUUCUUUUCUUUUCUGCAUGAUUGAGAAUUCACACCAUCGCUAUCCAACUCUGUUUGGUUCCUAGCUCUCUGCAAAUCUUGGUUGUUGGGUAUUGGUUAUCUCAGCAAGUUGAUGUUCUGUUUAAAAAAAAAAAAAUUUAAAUAUGUGUGUUUCUAUCCAUUUAUAAACGAGAUAUAAUUGUUAAAUUUAUAUUUGAAGGAAAGUGCGUACUUCCGACGAUUUCUGCCUAUAUACAUGUUUAAAACCAUUGUACUUGCAACAUUUCUCUCACUGCAUGUUUCACAUUUACCUGCUGCAUUGGAAACUUUUACUUGUUUUUGUAAAAUGAUCGGUUUACAAAGGUAUGAAUAAAGAUUUUUCACAAUAUUGUUUAAAAAAAAA